AACUACGAUUUUGAGGAAUAAAUUAAAAAUUAAUAUAAAAGCAACAACUAAAUCUUCCAGAACUUGAAUAAUUACCUAUAAAAAAAUAUUAGGCAAAAAAACUAUUAAGAUUAUGUAAUUAGUUUUUUUAAAGGUUUUGACUGAUGCAAGUUAAAACAAAGUUUCUUAUUAGACGUGGUCUCCCCAUUUUGCUCAUAGAAAAGCAUGCAAUUUUUUAAAAUAUUUCAUAAGCUUCCUUAUAACCGAUCAAUUUAUGACAUUUUAAAGGUAGGCCUGAAUUUUCAUUCAACAAAACAGGUUUUUUUUGCACAUUUAUUGGUGGAGGACACAUUUUUACUAUAUAAACUCGCAUUCAGUUUUAGUUCGAUAUCACAUUUCGUAACUACAGUUUACAAAACAACCCCAAACAUCACCAUGAACGCUUUGAUCGUUUUUAUUUCUCUCGCCAUCGCUGGUGCUAACGCUGGAGGUCUCAUCGGAGCCCCUUUAGCCACCCCUUUAGCUACUAGUGUAAUCUCAGCCCGCGCUAUUGCAUCAGCUCCUUUGAUCGGUGCUCCAACUCUCGCUGCCGCUCCUUUGGGUGCAGGUUUAAUCGGAACUCGCUCAUUGAUCGGAGCUCCCUUGGGUGCUGGCAUAAUUAGUGCCCCACUUGCCGCCCCCUUAGGUGGUGGUUUGAUCGGUGCUCGGACCAUUAUUGGUGCCCCCGCGAUUUCCACCCUCUCAGCUGCUCCUUUGACCGCAUGGUAAAAAUCUACUCUUAUACUUUGUGUGUCCAAUAUUGAUGAAUUUGUAAAUAAAAUUAUUU